AUGAUGAUGAAGCUCGGUGAAUUGGCGGUGAAAAUUGAGAGACCCGAUGGACAUGUUGCUGAAUUCGUCGGAAGUAUGAUUGCGUUUGACGGAGGUUACAAAUCUUUCGGGAACCGGUGUAGGAAUGCUUUAUCGUCAGGUUCUGUGUACUCCGAUUAUUCAACUGUUGUUAUAGGUGACCCCGUGAUGAGAAGAAUCGUUGGGUCUAACUCAAGCCUCGUCGAUGGUGUUACGGAGUUUCACAGAGGUUAUGGCGGUUGCAGAUACAACGCGACGGGUUAUGUACUUUCUGAUCGCUCUCAGAAAAAAUUUCAGCACUGGUGCAAACGACAGCAACAUAAAACUGGGGCAGAAGUUUCUGUGGACGGUGGUGACUGUCAGGUCCUUGGUUGCUUGUCACCAGAAUUAAUGCUCACGCAAGAUUCAUUUGAUCAUGCUGUUCAAGAACCAAAAGUAUUGCUCCUGAAUGACUCAUUUCAUGUGAUUGAUCAAAAGGCUGUUAUGAGCUGUGAAAUUGCAGUCCAUGAGUGUGUGGUGAAGGCCGAUUCAUUUUUGGUAAGUGUUACAAGUUCUUUUCCGGUGAAAGGGAAACGAGAUGAAUUGAUUUCAUGUAAGGAAUAUGUUCAUGAGGCAGGAGUUGUGCAAGAGAUGAAUUCAACAAGUAAAGAAGAAACCAAGGAGAUAUAUGUACCUAAAGUUGCAGAGCCAAGCUCUCUUGCCAGUCUGAUUCCUUCUAAGGCGAGUAAGAUACAGCAGAGGAAGUAUGUAAAAAUCUGGAAAUUCAAGUUCAAAAACAUGAAUCUGCAGGAAUGGUACAAUACUAUGCACUGGAGGAAGAUGAGACAGCCUUAUAUACCAAGGGUGAUUUCUACUGCUACUGAUAGAGAGUUUACUGGUGGUUCUGCAUUACGUGAUUGGCAGGAACGUUUCAACCAUGAGAACAUCUUUCGGAAUGGUUUUAGCAUGAGGCUUGAGACGAGGUUGCAUCGGUUUGUAUAUGCGCUCUUGGAAUGUUAUUCAACUUACGACGGUGAGUAA